AUGGAACGCGACGACCUCGCAGAAGUGGACAAGCUCCACUACCUCAAAGGAGCAGUCACAGGCAACGUAGCCCACGUUAUUGAGCACCUACCCUCUACAAACGAGGCCUUCCAAAAGGCUUGGAAGCUCCUCGAUGAGCGGUUUGAGAAUAAGCGGCUCAAUGUCCAGUCCUACAUGGACCGGAUUUCUGAUCUGAAGCCGAUGAAACAGCGACGGGCUAGUUCGCUGAUUAAGAUGACUAAUAUCAUCGGCGAAACGCAGGAAGCUUUGACCACGUUCGGGCUCAAUGAUCCACACUCCUGCUUCCUGCUAAAUCACCUCGUCAGGCUGCUCGAUUCGGACACGCGAAAAGGCUGGGAGUCCUCUCUGAGUACGCAGACGGACUAUCCGACGAUGUCGCAGCUGACGACAUUCUUGCUGGGACGCGCCAGAACACUGGAACAGCUGGAGCGGGUAGCCGAAUCAAAGACGACGCAGAACACGCAGACCACGUCAGGACGCCCCGCCAGUCGCGACAUCCGGCUGGUGCAGCAGAGAGCCGCCGUCCACGCAGCCGCCGCAGCGCAGUCCACGACAACGACGACUCCAUCGUCAUCAGCUCGCCCACGCACGUCAGCGUUAUAUCCUUGUGCGCUCUGCGCCAAGGACCAUUUCUUGUCCGCAUGCCCUGCAUUCAGGGACAAGACCGUGGACGAACGCAUCAGCGUUGUGAAGGCCCAACAACUCUGUGUGAAUUGCUUGGGCCACCACAAUCUUAGAAGCUGCCGUACACCACAACGGUGCAAGCUCUGUAAUGAGCAGCACCACACAGCACUUCAUGGUGGCAAUCUCAUCAGAGUGUUGGUGCCAUUCCCGCCGACCACGCAGCCCGCGACCACCUCCACGUCUUCGCAGCCCACGGCGAGAACAUCUCAGACCACGCAAACGUAA